AUGGACUCUCUAGACUUGUUAGCACGUGAAGAUGAGUUCAAGAAACUCAACAAACAACUUGAAAAGAAAACAGAAAGUUUGAUGAAGGAAAUCGAGCAAGCUAUGCAAAAACAAGAUAUAUUCUCUGAGUUCUCACCAAACCUUACCUUAUCACCAGUCCAUACAAUAAAGAAACAUAACUGUGAAAGCCAUAAGCCUAACACAGAGUCGCCUUUACCUCUAACAAAACCUGCACAAAAAAAGAAAAAACCACAAACAACACCGGAACAUGAAAGCGGCAAAAUUGAAAAUGGAAAACAAAGUCCUGAUGUUGUUAGCAUUGUAACUAGUGAAGAGGUUGUGCCAAAGAGUUUUAAUACUUGCAACUGUUGUGCCAAUUUUAAUGUUGGUAGAAUUGGUGAUAAUGAUGAAUUUUUAUAUGCUUUUGUAUCUGUUAAUGUAAAAGAAAAAGUGUUGCCGCAGUCAUUUUUGAAAGAUCGGCCCACAGUAGAGAAUGUAUGCAAAUUCCUGUCUUCCAAAGUGAAGCUGAUGCAGGAACAGAUUGACAGGCUACAGAGCACCCUGGAUAAGAAGGCGUCCCAAUGCGACGGCCACCUUCGUCAGCUAGCAGAGUACGAGUCCGAGCGACUCUCGCUACAGUGCAAGAUGAACAGUAUGUCGGCAGCCACAGCUGAUAUGAAGGGCAAGAACUUGGUGCUACUGGCUAAACUUAAUGAUAAAGAAAGACUAUACAAAGAACAAAGGACUGAGACGGACAAACUGGCAUGUGAGCUGAAGAGGUACAGGUUCAAAUGCGCCAGUGCUGAAGCGAAGAAUGAAGCCGGCAUUUCCUAUCUGACUACUCUGAGAAGAAAUGCCGAAACAAACUCAGAGGACUUUCGUGAAUCGUCUCGUAAUCUCUCAACAUCACAUCAGAACGCCAUCUCUCGGCUAGAAGCGCACAUCAAAGUUUUAAAUACAAGGAGCGACCGACAGAUGGCGUUGAUCGACAAUUUAAGAAAACAAAACGCUCUACUGGCAACAGAGGGCGCUUUAAAGGCCCUUGAAAGGGAGUACUGUGAUUAUUUAAAUCAAGACUUGUAA